UCCCAUUAAACAGUUUUUAUUGCCGUACCAUAUCCCGUGACUCACAAUCAGAACAAUUUUCUGAAAGCACUUGGCAGAGCUGCCAAUCCGACUUUCAAAAGGAUUUUUGUGCGCUCCAAAUUGUGGGGGGAAAUGCUGGAAGCUAACACGAAGACUCAUAAGCUGGUUUUAUAACACUGGGUCAUUUUAAAUAAGGUUUUGAAACAGUGGGCAUCUGAGUUCAAUUAACAGAUAAACGUUCAGCGUGCAUUAGCUAGUAUCACUCCUGCCUUGCACAUUUCAAUCUUUAUAUAAUUAAACACCCAUGUAAUUCAACACUUGUGGCGUUGUUCGUUUACAACAUGCUCCCGAAAAUCGUGAACCUAUGAAUGCUGAAAGGGUGAAUUUAAAUACAUCCAUCCCUAGGAGAUGGGGGCGGGGGGGGGGGGGGGGGGGGAGUGGAUAUUUUCCGCCAUCCUAGGGAUUUAUCCCCCAAUCAGAUUAGCAAUCAGACUGCGUUUCUCUUGCUGUAGUGAAUGGGGUAACGGUAGAGAAGGUGGGAGACUGCUGUACGUUUGAAAUGGGAAUGAACACAUGAACAUUGCAAACUGUGGCAUGCUGUAUUAAUGUCAACACGAAACAUGAUGACAGUGGCGGUUUUAAACAGGGUCGGUCUUAUUGGGGAGACGGUCAUUUGGAUGGUCGGGGGUGGGAUAUAGCAUGCAUGCAGCUUUAAGGAUGGCUGCGUUUGAGGUGGGCAGUGUGGGGUUGCUGUGUGGAGACGUUUUUUUUACGUCUGUGUUUGCCGGCUCUGCUGCGUAGGGCGAGCUUGCUACGUCUGCUGGCAGGUAACCGGGAUUGGAUACACAAUCAAAGCUGCUAACCUUCCCGGCGAGGGCAGAGAGCGAUGAGCUAGUCCUCAACCUUCCCCGCUUGAUUUUGCAGGUUUUAUUUUUUGAAGUGCAUCUCUUUUGUUGGGCUGCAGGCCUUAAUUUGAAGGGUGCAGAGGGGAGGAGGGGGGCUGGAAGAGCUGAAAGCGGAUUCCUUUUGCAAAGCUGGGAGAUAAUGAGCAGCAAACGCCGCGAGGCUCAGCGACUCCUGUCAGCGGAGCGCCCCGGGCAGGGCAGCAGGCGGAGCCGGCCGAGCGCCUCGUCCUGCGCCCGGCUCAAGGACCUGUCCGGUGCUGAAAGCGGCGGCCGCGCCAGCCCCACGCUGCCCACUUGGAUGCGCCUGUAUUUCUACGGGAUGCACGGCAUCACCCUGGACGUGGUGCUGUCCUCGGCGCAGCGCUUCGUGCGGACCAGCGACCCGAAGAUGCUGGGCUACUCCUCGCCCUACCUCGGCGUGCUGCACUCGCUCUCCCACCUGGCCCUGGAGAAAGUCUACCUGCAGGAGAGGAACUUCCAAGGGAGGCCAGCGGUCUUUCACCUGCUGCUCUACCCCUCGGUCUACGUGGGCUUGCAGAGCCUGGUGUCCACGCUGGUGGAAGGCUCAGGCUCCUCGCUGCCCACCCUCCUGCUGCACUACCUCCUCGCCCUCUACGACUCCCAGCUCUUCCUCAAGGGCUUCCUCCGCCUGCAGUGUUGCUGCCGCCGAGCCCGGCUGCCCGAGCGCUUGCCCUCGCCCCGGGGUCUCCCCGGCUCCCUGCGCUUCGUCUUUUACGGGAUGCACGGCUUCCUGGACGAGAUCUUCUUCACGUCCAUGUUCAACCUGGUGGAGAAUUCGGACCGCACGCUGCUGGGUCACACGUCUCUCUGGUCCUUCCUGAUGUACGGCAGCUGCAGCUUCGUGGUGGAGAAGCUCUACUUCUAUCUGUACUACCGCCUGGGCUGGACCACUUGGCAGAGGUUGCCGGUGUAUAUCCUCUUCAUCUACACUUGGGAAUUCACCUGGGGUCUGGGGCUCCGCCACUACAACGCCUGCUCUUGGGAUUAUUCUCACUACCCGCUCAACUUCAUGGGCCUCGUCACCUUAAUGUACUUGCCUGGUUGGAUCGUGCUCAGUUACUACCAGGACGUGUUGUCUAACGUGUUACUACGUGUGCAGUGUGCCAAGAGCAGAGGCUCCAAGACAGUCUGCAGCAAUGGCAAAAGCAAAGCAUCUUGACUGAAGCAAGAAGCUUAUUUUUUAGUACAUCUGAAACUAAUGGGGAUUUUGAUAACGAUUGGGAUAUAUUUUAAUAAACGACGAAGAGUUAUGGUUAGAUAUUUUAGCUUUGGAUGAGAUUGGUAAAUAUUAACGACCAGCAAACUGAUGACAGCCCGGUUUCCAGGGGACGCAUGCUCCCUUCUUUCAUUGGUAUCAACCUUCCAAUUGUAAUUGUUCUUAUGGCCCACAGUGUUAAAGAUCAUGCGUGUUGUGGCUAUAAUUCCAGAAUCCGCUCUUAGUUUUGUACUUGCAGUAUAAGAAACACAUUACCAUUGAUUCAACAUCAAACAUUGCUUGCAGUGAUGUUGUAAAACUCAUGUUGAAUGGGUUCAGCUUUAAAAAUAGCCACCACAGGAAGAUCAUUGCCAACCGAGCUGCCUAGGGCACUGAAACCCAAUUUGAAAAUCCAUUACUCCCUGCCAUAUUGAUUAACAGCACAAAGAAUUUCUAAAAAUAUCAACUAUUUGAAAAAUCAGAACAGUAUUUAGUCAAUCAGAACGGUGCUACACGAGACAUUUUUAAUACUUCAUUGAUGAGGCAAGGUGAAUCCCAGUUGGAUCCAAAUGACCAAUGCGAAUCAAACCCAACGUGAGCACAUUUAGGUAAAUUUGUUACUUUCUCAAAGUGAAUACUGGAAGCACUACUUCCUACGUUUGUACCAUAACCAUGUGUUUUAUAUACUUCACAGUAUUUGUAAUCAGCCACAUUUAGUAGGCAACAGAUUUGAGUUUUUUAAAUCAAUGAAAACCCAAUCUCUUUGAGAGCCACUCCUUCACUUUAAUAUGUUGAAUGCUACAAUUUGUAAUUAAAAAUGAAAGAAUUGUAUGUAUAUUAAUUUUUAAAUGUUUGAUUGUUCUUUGACUAAUUUUAUUAAACAUAAUUGAAUGUGGAUUGUGAAACUAGCACUUCAGCUGCAAACUUCCUCAAAUAUAUAGAUUUGAACUGUUUUUGUACUGCUCUAAAAACAUCAGCAUUUUUCCUCCACCAGAUAUUAACCACACAAGUUAAACUUUAAUACUGUACUGCUGUGGAUUUAUUUGAAGUAUAUAUAUAUCUUUUUUCACAAUAUUGUUUGAUAACAGCCAUGUGUCACUGGGUUAUUACAAUACUUAGUUAAAAAUCUCUACAAUUUUGGCUUCAGUACAGAGAAAACAAAUACUUAACGUAAGAGACUGUAAACAUGCUAAGCUAAGGCCACAGUUUAAAUCUGUACAUUUUUGUGUCAGGCAGCAUAAGCAGAAAUUAAUCCGUAUAUUUCUUAUUAAAACAUUAUUAUUCAUAACUGAAAUAGUGUGAAUUCUGUGUUGUACUGGUGCUGCCACACUAACCACUGCAGGAAGUUCAGGAAUUCUGUAUUCUGCCGAUUUGGGAAUUCCAAUGGAUUAAAUAGAGAUUUAUGCAUUACAUAUUCCAGCACGGUUUCACUCCAUCUCCUAUAAUGCUUUAUUUCCUCUCUUCGUGCCACUGAUUUUAUACAAGGAAGUAUGCAAGAUUAAAAAAGCUACAAUUCAUGAGCAUCAGGAAUGACUUUCUUUUAAGUCAAAUGGAGGAUAUAAAAAGUAAGGUGAUAAAAGAGAACCAGUAGAAGCAGAUUAUUUGGAUUUCCAGAAGGCAUUUAUAAGGUGCCGCAUCAAAGAUACUGGACAAAGUAAGAACUCAGAGCAUAUGGUGGAGGGAGGGUUUGGUAGUGGUGCAGCUAUUAGGAUGGAGAGAGUAUUGGCUUGUCAUUCUCAACUGGUGGGGUGUCACAAGGAUCAAUGGUCAGAUCUCAACUACUCAGAUUGGCCAGAGUGCAUAGGUAUGUGCUUAGACUGUACAUGCUGUCUGUCCAUAGAGCUAGGUCUACAAUCAUCUUGGGCUUCCUUGUCACAGAACUGAGACCUUGCUGUUGAAAAGACAUGUCAGCUCACAUAACAGUAAUCCCAUGUUAAAAGAAAACUGCUGUGAUGGAAAAUCAUCCUUGAUUCCAAAGGUUUGCUUAAGAAGAAAAACUUGCAAUCUAUAUUAAUGACUUGGAUGAAGGAACAGAGUGUAGCCAAGUUUUCUGAUGAAACAAAGUAGGAAAAUGUGACGGACACAAAGAUAUGUAAAUAGGCUAAGUGAAUGGACAAAAAUUUGCAGAAGGAAUAUAAUGUUAGGAUAUUGUAGAGAGACAUCUGGGUGUCUGCAUUCAUGAAACACAAUUUAAGCAUACAGAUACAACAAGUUGCAAAGGCAAAUACAACAUUGACCUUAAUUGUAAGGGGGAUAGAUUAUAAAGUCUUGAAUGUAACCUUACAUUGUGUAAUUGAGACCACACCUGGAGUUCACUUUGGGUCUCCUUAUUAUAGGAGGAAUAUAUUUGCAUUGGAGGCAGCUCAGAGGUUCACUUGGUUAACUUCUGGGAUGAGGGCAUUGACUUCUGAGGGAAGCCUGAAUAGCCUGGAUCGAAACUCACUGAAGUUUAAAAGAACAAGAGAUAAUCUCAUUGAAGUACAUAAGAUUCUGACGGGGCACGGCAAGGUGAAUGCUGAGAUGUACUCCUUCACGGGGAAACCUAAAACCAGGGGUAAAACUUCAUAAUAAGGAGCUGUCCACUUAAGACAGAGAUGAGGAGGAAUUUCUUCUGUCAACACAUUUUGAAUCUUUGGAAUUCUCUUCCCCAGAUGGCUAUGGAGUCAUUCAACAAAUUCAAGGUCAGGAUCGAUUUUUGGCUUAUAGGGGAAUCAAGGGUUAAAGAGAACAGGUGGAAGAGUGGAGCCAAGGCCAAGAUCAAAUCAAUCAUGAUUAUUUGAAUGGUGGAGCAGGCUCAGAGAGUCAUAUCAUGUUCUCCUGCUCCUAUUUCUUAUGUUCAUCAGCCUUCUGAAAUGUUUGGAUGACUUCUAAGACCCAUAUUGCAAAUAUUCAACAUAUUUGGUUUAACACUAAAUCCUAUACGAACUAUUUCUCUUUAGAAAUGGGCAGAAAAGAAAUUUAACCUGUGGCCCGAAUAUACAUUCACCACGCCAAUCGCAAAUCUGAAUUUGCUGACCACUGCUGACAUAUUUUCAGGAUUCUCAGUUCUCCUUGAACGUCGCCAAGAGUUCAGAUGAUAAAAACACUCCGAAUAAUUUGUCAUCUGAACAAUAAGACUGUAUUACCAUACUGUAAAUGAACAGUCAACCUGCACUUACAAAAUCAGGAUAGUGAACGUAUGAUGUUAAACAACAAUGAUAGAUCAAACUCAUUCAAUGUCACACUAACACGUCCUGAAAAUAACAGAAUAAAUUC